ACUUACCACCAGGAUCACUGAGCUGCUGAGCGGAGAGGUUCCUAUAAGGUGUCAGGAUGUCACUGUCUAUUUCUCCAUGGAGGAGUGGGAGUAUUUAGAAGAACACAAGGAUCUGUACAAGGAUGUCCUGAUGGAGAAUCACCAGUCCCUCACAUCACCAGGUGAAGACGGGAUGAGCGACUCCCAUCAACAUCUGCAUUUAUCUCCUUAUCAUGAAGCAGAAGAUAACAAUAUCACACAAGCUAAUUCAAUUACUCCUAAUGUACCCUCAGUCCUUCAUAGCGGAGAUCUAUCCACUGAUACCAUUUCUCACACUAAACCUUCAUCUAAUCAAUCACUGAUUGGCAAACAAAUAACUGGACAUAAAUGGGAGGAAAUAUUUUCAUAUGGGAAACUGUUUAAAAAGAAAUCUAAUCUUUCUUUGCAUGAGAGAAAUCACAGAGAUAAAGGGUCAUAUUCAUGCUCAGAAUGUGGAAAAUCAUUUACAAGGAAAUUCAAUCUACUUGGACAUCAGAUAAUUCACACAGGAGAGAAGCCGUAUUCAUGUUCGGAAUGUGGGAAAUGUUUUAGUCGGAAAGCAGAUUUCGAUAGACAUCAUAGAACUCACACUGGAGAGAAACCUUUUCUAUGUUCAGAAUGUGGGAAAAGUUUUAUUCAAAAAUCUGAUUUUGAUAGACAUCAGAGAACUCACACAGGGGAGAAGCCAUAUUCAUGCUCAGAAUGUGGGAAAUGUUUUAGUCAGAACUCGCAUCUUGUGGAACAUCUACGAGUCCACACAAGAGAGAAGCCAUUUUCAUGUUCUGAAUGUGGAACACGUUUUAGCCAUAAAUCAGCUAUGCUGCAUCAUCAGCGAACUCACAAAAGAGAGAAGACAUUUCUAUGCUCAGAAUGUGGAGCAUGUUUUGCAGAUAACAUAGCUCUUCACGAUCAUCAAAUUUCACAAUAUGGAAAAAGUUUUAGUCAAAAAUCAGAUCUUGAUAGGCAUCAGAGAACUCGCACAGGGGAGAAACCAUUUUCGUGUUCUGAAUGUGAGAAGUGUUUUAGUCGGAAAUCAUCUCUUGUGGAACAUCUAAGAAUUCACACAGGAGAGAAGCCAUUUUCAUGCUCAGAAUGUGGGAAAUGUUUUAGUCAAAAACUGUAUUUUGAUAUACACCAGAGAACUCACACAGGGGAGAAGCCGUUUUCAUGCUCAGAAUGUGGCAAAUGUUUUAGUCUAAAAUUAUAUCUUGUUAGACAUCAGAGAACUCACACAGGGCAGAAGCCAUUUUCAUGUUCUGAAUGUGAGAAGUGUUUUAGUCGGAAAUCAUCUCUUGUGGAACAUCUAAGAGUUCACACAGGAGUGAAGCCGUUUAUAUGUUCAGAGUGUGGGAAGUGUUUUAGUCAAAAAUUAUAUCUUCAUAGACAUCAGAAAACUCACACAAAGGAGAAGCCAUUUUCAUGCUCAGAAUGUGGAAAAUGUUUCAUUCAAAAAUCAGAUCUUGAUAGACAUCAGAGAACUCACACAGGAGAUAACCCAUUUUUAUGUCCUGAAUGUGGGAAAAGUUUUAGCCAGAAAUCAAAUCUUGUGGAACAUCUAAGAAUUCACACAGGAGAGAAGCCGUUUUCAUGCUCAGAAUGUGGAACAUGUUUUACCCAUAAAUCAGCUCUGCUUCAUCAUCGGAGAAUUCACACAGGAGAGAAGCCAUUUCUAUGUUCAGAAUGUGGGAAAUGUUUUAGUAAAAAAUCCGGUCUUGAUAGACAUCAAAAAACUCACAAAGGAGAGAAACCAUUGUAAUGUUCAGAUUGUAAGAAAUGUGGCAGGUGUGGAGCUUCAGGUCCCUUUCCCACGCAUGAUCUGGAUUGUAUCAGGAUCUGUUCAGGAAAAAACUGAUGGUUUUGACCGCACAUUCAGUCAGUUUUGUCUAUGAUUGUGUUGAGUGUUUCAGUUUUAUUUCACACGGAUCAGUUUUUAAUGCGUUUUUCACACACAUAAAAAAAACCCUGAAGAAUAACAAUCUAUAUCUCCUAGCAAUCAUCAGUGAAAAAUGCGUUGCAUCUGGAUGCAAAGCCCCCUUCACUUCUAUGGGGCUAGGGCUGCAUGAAAGAAAAUGCUGAAUACAGAACAUGCUGAGAUUUUCAGGUAUCGCAGAGAUGAUGUGUGAAAAACAACGCUCAUGUACACCGGCGACCUAUAGAAAAUGAAUGGGUCAGGAUUCAUGCAUUGCACCUGCACGCAAAACUCGCUCGUGUGGCGUCAUUGUGGGAACAGCGGCCUAACGGGGGGCUGCACACGAUACGGAUUAUGUGCAUAUUUCUGCUUGGAUUUCGUGCAGAAAAACCGCAGUGUAAUGCAGCACCAGCAAAGUGAAGGAGAUUUGACCAAUCUCAUGGUUGCUUAGUUUUUUUCUUAGGAGCGGAAAUUGACUUGUUGAGCGGAUUUUGAAACCUGCAGCAGGUUAAUUUUUUGUGCCAUUCCGCACCUUCUGUAGAGUGGUUUUCCCCCUAGACUCUGAUGGAGACUCCGCACCAAAAACUGCAUUCCAAACUGCACAAAGAAUGCACCAAAGCUGUAAUAAAUAGGGCAGACUUAUGUGUGGUUUUUGGUGCAGAUUUCUUGUGGAUUUUCUGAUGUAUGCAUAACACUAUAUUACACAAACCUUAUACACUAUACUAUGCAAUAUAACAAAUAAUAUGAGUCACACGUCCUCUGAUCAACUUAUCUGUACCAGCCGCAUCUUACUUCUAAGGCUGGGUUCACACCUGAGCGUUUUACAGCGCGUUCCUACGCGCUGUAAAACGCACAACAGGCAAGAACCAAUGAUUCCCUAUGGGAAUGGUUCUCACCUGGG